AUGUCUACCCCAGCUCAGAUUCCAUCGAUCGACGAGAUAACUUCCAGUCAGUCCGCUCGUGGGAUCACUGAUAAGCUAGCUGUUUUACUGCCACAUUUGGAUCAACGAGUGAACGACCUAAAAAGCUGGUUCAAAUCGAUCGACCCCAGUACUUACACACAGGACCUCCCUUGGCCUCCCCGGGUACUAGCCGCCUAUAAAGCCUACAAGAGAAUGGAUGAGGAGCUUGGUGAGGCCGCAGGGGCAUAUUCAAAUGUAUCUGCACGCCUACAAUCUCGUUCAAAGUGGGUGACACCACAUGAGCACAUGCAUUGUGCGGGCCUCGCAGUUAUAUGGGCAAAGAAAACUGUGCAAACAGCGAACGCGCGUCUGGAGUUCCUUGAGAAUUACCAGAACGCCUUCCCCCAUGAUCGGAUCGAGGGGCAUAUUGUUGCUGGGCAAUAUGCCCUGAAUGGCGCCAAAAACGCCCUGAAGGCCAUUGAGGACUACAUGGAAAAGGGUUUCAAAGCUUCCUCGCGGCGAGCAGACCCUGAGAUAUUCGAGUAA